AUGGAAGGUCAACCUCUUAUCAAGAAGAAUAAGAACUUGUUUUCGUUCUUCCAAAGGGCAAGUCGACCUACUGAAAAUACAACUUUUGAUGGACAAACUGAAGAUCCAGAAGUCGAACAUCAUUUAUCAUCAAAUAUUGACAUUGAAAGGGAACCGGGGAAAAGAAAGCAGAUACUUGAAUUUUCUUUUAAUCUGCGGGAUGAGAUUAGAGUGGCAUAUCUAAAGGCUGGGCCUUAUCAACCAAAACUUGCUGAGUAUUCUAAGACACAGGGAAAAUCUCAGUCUCGUUGCUUUCAGGCAAAAUGGUUCAACCAGUUUCCUUGGUUAGAGUAUUCACCUAUGACAAAUAGGGCAUAUUGUUUUUAUUGUUAUCUUUUUCGGAAUGAUGGUAAUUCGUCCAAUUGUUUGGCAUUGGUAAUUUCUGGAUAUAACCAAUGGAAAAGGGUUAAUGACAGCUCAAAAUGUGUGUUUCUUACUCAUUUGUGA